AAAAACCCAAACACCCGCAAACUCGUCUCUUCAAAUUGCUUUUAGUGUAUUCAAUUCAAUUCACCUCGUAGCUCAAACCUUAUAUAAAACCUCUGAACCAAACAAUUAAACAAACAUUAGCAUAUUUUUCUCCGAUGAACUCACUUCACUCCCAACCUUAACAACUUUUCCACAACCAACCUCAUUAUCCUCACUCACACAUUAACACAUUAAUUAUUAUAUUAUUUAUAAAAAUUGAGUUGUGAUUAUGUUUAACCCCACCGCAGGUGUUACUAAAGAACCCAGUGCGGUUCUCGAUUUAGGUUCCCAAAUUGGGCGUUUCAACAUCGAUACGUCGUCGUUUCUAAACUUAACUUCCGAAGCUUGUUCGCCAAUCUCCAAUUUCUUGUACUUCAACAACGUAGCGCGUGGAGCAAAACGCACCGUUUCGUUGAGUUUGAAGGCUGGUGGAGGGUACAAGUUCAGGAACAUUUUUCACGAUUUUAACAGAGCUGUUAGGUUUCACUGUGAGAGGAUUCCGAUCGGGUUUGCUUCGUUGCAAAUUGGUAACGGGGACGGUAAUGAUGGUUAUAACGGUAACGGUGAGGGGGAUGGUAACGGUGUUGGAGGGAACGGGAAUGGUACUAUUGUGGAAGAUGAUGGGUUGAAAUUGAAUGGUGGUGAUCGUGAGAAACCUAAAAAAGUUUUGAUUUUGAUGAGUGAUACUGGUGGUGGUCAUCGUGCUUCUGCUGAAGCUAUUAAAGCUGCUUUCUAUGAAGAAUAUGGCGACGAAUACCAGGUGUUUGUUACUGAUUUGUGGUCUGAACACACACCUUGGCCAUUCAAUCAAUUGCCCAGGAGCUAUAGCUUUUUGGUGAAACAUGGACCAUUGUGGAAGAUGACCUAUUAUGGAACUGCUCCACGUCUAGUUCAUCAGUCCAAUUUCGCCGCAACUUCAACAUUCAUAGCUCGUGAAGUUGCUAAAGGGUUAAUGAAGUAUCAACCUGAUAUAAUAAUCAGCGUGCAUCCACUAAUGCAACACGUUCCACUUCGUAUUUUGAGGUCAAGGGGCCUUUUAAAGAAGAUUGUUUUUACCACAGUUAUUACAGAUUUGAGCACUUGCCAUCCAACAUGGUUUCACAAGCUUGUAACUAGAUGCUAUUGUCCAACUACAGAUGUUGCAAAAAGGGCACAAAAAGCCGGUCUUGAACAAUCCCAAAUAAAGAUUUAUGGCCUACCUGUUAGACCUUCCUUUAUUAAGCCUGUUCGGCCGAAGGAUGAGCUGAGGAAGGAAUUAGGAAUGGAUGAGGAUCUUCCUGCUGUAUUAUUGAUAGGGGGAGGUGAAGGCAUGGGUCCCAUUGAGGCCACUGCUCGGGCACUCGGUGAUUUAUUAAAUGACGAGGGGGUUCCCACUGGCCAGAUCCUUGUGAUCUGUGGUCGCAAUAAGAAGCUUGCUAACAAACUCAGUUCUAUUGACUGGAAGAUUCCUGUGAAGGUCAAGGGGUUUGUUACUAAAAUUGAGGAAUGCAUGGGUGCCUGUGAUUGCAUUAUUACAAAGGCAGGCCCAGGGACAAUUGCAGAGGCCAUGAUUCGAGGCCUACCUAUUAUUUUGAAUGAUUACAUUGCCGGGCAGGAAGCCGGCAAUGUUCCCUAUGUAGUUGAAAAUGGAUGUGGAAAGUACUCUAAAUCGCCUAAAGAGAUAGCAACAAUUGUUGCAGACUGGUUUGGUCCAAAAGCCGACGAACUAAAAACAAUGUCUCAAAAUGCACUGAGGCAAGCUAGACCAGAUGCCGUGUUCAAGAUUGUUCAUGACCUUCACGAUCUAGUAAGACAAAGAAGGUUAUUACUAGAUUAUUCUUGUACAGCUUGACCAACAGUGCGGCUAUUUUUUCAAACAAGUAUUUUGUGAAAAAUGUAAAAGGCAGAGAAGGUGGUGUAUCACUAGUAAAAAUGCCACCAUUUUCAUAUCAAUGUUUAGUUACUCAUUUGAAAUUAAUAAUUAAUAAAAAUAAUAAUUUUGGCUGUUUUCUUCUUA